AUUUUCGUCACAUACAAUAUUAUUUAUAAGUAUUUUUUAUUAUAUUAUUAUUAUUAUUAUUAUUAUUUUUGUUUUGGUAUGCUUUGGAUUCUGGAACAAAUGAUAUUGGCAUAACUCUUCUUUUAUUCCUUCCCCCUUCACAUUUCCUCCAAUCCAAUCCCUGCUAACCCAAACAGCAAUGGCCACCCCAAUAAAACCAACCUCUCCUCUCCUUUUCCUUUGGCUUCUCACUGUUGCUUCUGCCCCUCUUCUGCUGCAAGAAGUGGGUGCAGCUGAAGAGACAAAGAUACACAUUCAAGAAUCAGGCCACUAUGUCUGGGUUUCCAACCUAGACGAGAAAUCACAGGAGGCUGGAGGGGAAGGCAUGUUGAUGUCGAGAUGGAGAGGUGGGGAAGCGAGGAGGUUGAUGAUUGGUUCGACGAAGCCGACGUGCACAUACAACGAGUGCAGAGGGUGCAAGACCAACAAAUGCAGAGCCGAACAGAUACCCGUCGACGCGAAUGACCCUCUUAACAGUGCCUACCAUUACAGAUGUGUAUGUCACAGGUAACAAAAUCAAAUAAAUGUGCUCUCUCUCUGUGUCUUGUUCAUCACAAAUAGAGCAGAAGCUGAGUUAGGAUGCCUCAAAAUUGUAGAGAGAGAAAGAGACUUGAUCGAGUUAAAUUGUUUAGAGCAUAUUUUUUGUGUUUAUGUAUGCUCUCUGUGAGUUUUGUUGUGUGAAAAACUGGAAGUCUUAGUUGUUAGCUUUGAUUGUGUUAAUUGUAUUAGAGAGUUGGAAAAUGAUUAUGUAUUGUGGUUUAUCCCUUUCCUCCUCGAUUAACAGUGAGGAAAGCCUUUCGUGUUUGUUGUUUACAAAGGGGAGAGAGACCCAGCUGCUUGAGUGAGUCAUUAGUGUGUAUCAAUUAUUGCA